AUGAGAGUCUUUGAAGAAACGGAUGCCACGUGGGUGAUGGGGAAGGAGCAGAUAAUGUUUGAAGACACUGAGCACUUGGGACACAGAAACAUCGGUACAGAUACUGUACAGGGGCUUCAGCACGCUGCUCUGCCCUGGACCAAAAGCAGGGCCUUUGCUGUCCUGCAGCCACAGCCUAGGACUGUAUCUCAUAAACGUACCUGGGCCUGGUGUCCAGAGCCAGUGCAGGGCUGUGUGAUCUUCCCCGGCCAGCUGUCUGACCCCCCCGUGCUGUCCUACCCUACAAUGAAUUCUAAGCCUCUGUUCCCACCAUCCUUGGGUGUGGCUCUGAAGAUCUGUCAUAUAGAAUGUCUUGCCAAGGAAAUUUUGGUGAAGUUUCAAGGAAAAUAUGAUGUUGAAUGUGAGUUUGACUACCACAUAUUGCAGAGUGAAAUCCAGCACAUUCCCAAAGCAUAUGAUAAUGUUGGUGUAGGGGAGUUUUGUUUGGUGGAAGAAAGAGAAUCUGGAGAAUGGCAUAGAGGACAAGUAGUAGAAAAUAAAAACCAGUCCUAUAGAGUAUUUCUCAUAGAUUGUGGAAAAGAACUGAGAGUCAGUGCUACCCACGUGGCUUCUGCAGGUGACAGCUUAUUUGAGCUACCUCCAAGGAUAGCAGUUGGUGUCUUUGCCAACAUACUCCCUCUUGGGGAGAAGUGGUCUCCCAAGGCUUUAAAUUACUUCAUGUCAUUAGUAGGACUCCACGUGAAGGGGCAUGUGCAGGCCAUUCUGCCUCAUCAAAUGGUUCUUCUGGAGGUCCCAAGAAUCAUCUCCGAGCUUCUUGAGCUACAGUUAGGAAGGCUUGUUGAUGGAGAUUCGUUUCAUCUUAUUAUAGAAAUGCUAAAAGAAUUUCCCCCUAAUCCCUCUGGUUCCCAAAUGCCGGAUCUGCCGCAGCAACAACAUAAAAGAGCCGGCUCUUCAUGUAGUAAUAAUGAGAUUUCCCCUAAUUAUCAACACGUCCUAGAUAAUUUGCAGCCGUCUCUGUCCGUGAACUGUACGGAGAGCGUGAAGAUCGCUUCUGCAGUCAGUCCCACCAGAUUUUAUUGUCACUUAAUGAAGUGGUUACCAGAGCUGGAAAGCUUAACAACAGCAAUGUCUUUGCGCUAUGAAGCAAUCAGCAGAGAGAGAAAUCCUCCAAGUGACAAUUUUGGACUGCUUUGUGUUGCCAAAAGGAGAAAUAGGAAGUGGUAUAGAGGGGUUCUCCAGCAGCUCCUGCCCCACGACCAAGUGAGAAUUUGGUUCAUGGACUUGGGCAGCAGUGAGGCUGUGCCCUCCCGGCAUGUGAAGAAACUGAAGCAGGAGUUCAGUGUAGGGCCAUUAUUUUCCUUCCCUUGUUCUCUGUCACAUUUCAGCAAUCCAGACAAAGACGUAAGGAAUUUUCAACUGAAGUUAUUUAAGCGAGCUUUGUUAGGGCAGAUGGUGUUUGCACAUAUUGAUCAGUUCGAUCCUGAGGAGCGUUUGUAUUAUGUGACUUUCCAUAAUCAAGAAUUUGUGAUGAGCCCUAAGAACCUGCUGCAUGCAAACAGGUGCCCUCCGCCACAUAGUCUGCGCAGCCCGAUAUUGGAGGGAGAAAGCCCUCAGCCUUUGGGAGGCACAAAGCCCUUCCCCAGUAACGGUCCUGAAGUGGAGAGCUUUCCAAGUGAUUCGGCACCAUUAAACUUUGCGCUGGAAAAAGACCCUUUAUCAAAGGUGGCCAUACGCUGGAAGACGGUAGAAAUGAAGGUAAAUUCUGCUUAUGUGGCUUUCGUGGAGUAUGUACUUAACCCAUCCAAUUUCUGGGUACGCACCAAUGAUCAUCAAAACAGAUUCCAGGACUUAAUGAAGAAGAUAGGAGAAUUGUAUGAUUCUUGUGAGAAGGAAGAAAUGAUUCUCAAAAAACCAGAGCCUGGAUUAUUUUGUUGUGCUCGGUACAGCAAGGACAUGCAUUUUUAUAGAGCUGUCAUCACUGAAGUUAAUGGUUAUAAGAUUAAUGUUUACUUUUUGGAUUUUGGAAAUACUGAAUCUGUACCAUUUUAUGAUGUAAAAACUUUGCUGCGAGAAUUUUGUGAAUUACCGGCACUGGCUAUGUGCUGUUCGCUGGCUCACGUGUGUCCCACAGAAGAUAUAUGGGUGAAGAAAGCAACGGAUUUUUUUAAAAAGACAGUGUUUGACAAAGCGCUCCUGCUUAAAGUUGUAGACAAGAAAAAGGACAAGUAUGUUGUUAACGUACAGUGCAUUGAGGCCUCUGGGAAAGUUAAUGUUGUUGGUCUUAUGGUGCAAGCUGGUUAUGCAGAAUAUUGGGAAGUAAAACCAGAAUGUCUUCCAAAACUUGGAACAGAUUUUUUAGGACCAGAUUUAAAACCUGAGCACAACAUUGGAGUUGCACAAGCCAAGCCGCCUCUUUUAGCCAUAUCUGGCCACGGUUCUUCGAGCAAGUCGGAAUUCUCAAUUGCUGCCUUUGCAGGGUCAGAAAGCCCUUUUCCCAGAAAUCUAGGGCAUGUGUCUGGGGCAAGUGAGCCUCUCCAUCCAUACAAAGAAUACGUGUUCAAGCCUGGAACCGUUAUUGAUGUUAAAUGCUCAUAUUUCUCUUGCCCUGGAGACUUUUCUUGCCAGCUGCAGAGUAAGUUACCAGCCUUGAUGGUGCUUAUGGAGCAGAUGCAGAAGUAUUACGGGACCCAUAGUGACCCUUAUCAGGCCGGGCAGGUCGCCUGUGUUGCCCGGUACGUGAAAGACGGAAAGUGGUACCGAGCAGCUGUUCUGAUUCAGGUGUCCCCCAGAGAAGUGGAUGUCAUCUUUGUCGACUAUGGAAAUCAGGAAAGAAUCUUAAUUAAAGAUCUUCGUGCCAUUAACCCAGACUUUCUUACUUUAGAGGGCCAGGCAUUUAGAUGUAGUCUUAACAAUUUAAUUGAACCCAUUAAUCCUGAGUCAUUCAGUUGGACAGCGAAGUCUUGUGUGGAUUUCGGAAACUUCAUUUCUUCCUAUGACGGACUGUUGACUUGCAUCAUCUACGCGUUGGUUUUAAUACACCCAAAUUGUCUGUGCAACAUAGUCGACUUGCAGACUCCAUUCAUCACUGCCCGAGAAUUUCUGGUCAGCUGUGGCUGUGCCCAACACAGCGCCUUUCUGAAGUCCUUGCCAGCAUCAGUGAGCCUUUACAGCUUCUGUUAUUCUUCUUUUAACUUAAAAAUUGGAAGUGAAGAAGAAGUAUGUAUAUCCCACAUCCAAAGUCCGAAAAAGUUUUAUUGUCAGCUGAGGAGAAAUAGUCGAAGUCUGGAGAUAGUAACAGCAAAAAUUGCAGAGAUUAAUAACCUCUCAAAUUAUCCAAAGUUUGAUGGCAAGACAAGAUUAUGCUUGUCUAGGUACUUUGAAGAUGAUUUCUUUUACAGAGCAAUUGUAUCUCCUGUGGAUUUAUCAUCCUAUUUACUAGCAUACUUUGUGGACUUUGGAAAUAAACAAGUAGUAGAAGGAGAUAAAUUAAUACCUAUUUUAGAUCACUGUCAAGAGUUGCUUUUUACACCUAUGCAGGCAAUAAAGUGCUAUCUCUCAGACCUUAAGGAUGUGGACAUUCCAGCAGAGAUCAACAUGUGGUUUGAAGAAAACUUUUUGGGAAAACCACUGAAAGCAGUGGUAGUGUCUAGGGAUUCAGAUGCCCAGCUUGGCUUAGAACUCUAUGAUGGAAAUCAGCAGAUAAAUCGGAAAAUUAAGACUUUGCUUCAAGUUUAUGGGAAAAAAUAUGACCGAGGAAAACGUGUGGAAAAGUUUCAUAAGAAAUGUGAAAAUAAAAUGUUGAGUAGGGCACCAUCAAAAGACAAAGCAGACCGCUGUCAUUCUUCCAUAACUAAAACUAGUUAUCCCAGUCAUCUUGAAAACAAAGUAUACCAAACUGUGAAUUCCAGAGAUGUACAUGUCAAACUUUCAAAAUCAACAGCCUCUCUUAAAAUUGAGCCGGUUUUAGAAAGCAAGGUGAACCAGCCUUCAAAGGAGGGACUAAAAAAUACAAAUAGAAAAACUAGCCCUGACUCUGUUUCCCAACUUGACUUAAUUAGUGAAGGAACACCAGUGUGUGCUGCAUCAGAAACCUGUGUAGCCAGACAGUGCUCACCUCCCGCACUAGCAGAGAAUGUGGCCAGACCCCAGAUCUCCGACCUUCCUCCUCCUCCUGUCCGCCUGAAUGCCAGAGUUAAGGGCUACGUAUCUAACAUAUGGAGUCCAGCAAGUUUCCACAUCCAGCUUGCCGAGAGUGAAGACUUGAUCUUUAAGCUUGAAAAAGAACUAAAUGCAAGGAUGGCAGAUCUGGACAGAGUGAGUGAAUCGAUCGCACUUUCAGUGGGAGAUCUCGUGGUUGCAAAGUACGCUAUUGAUAAUAACUCAUAUAGAGCAGUCAUUAAGAACAUUGUAUCAAGGGAUUCUUUUGAAGUGGAAUUUAUCGACUAUGGUAACACAGAAAUUGUAAAUUUGUCCCAAAUCCAUGAACUCGAUAGGAAAUUUUUGACUGUUCCUCAGCUUGGCCUGCGUUCUUUUCUUAGUGGAGUAAGAUAUAAUGAGCCUGAUGAAUUAUGGGACAGCAAAACAGUAGCUUACUUUGCUGAAAAAGUAAAUAACAAAUUAAUCUCUUGUGAGUUUUUGAAGAAGCAUGAACAAAAAUGGGAAGUAAAUAUUAUUUGUGAUGAGAAGUGUGUUGUUAAUGAAAUGAUGAAAUGGAUAGCAUGUUCAAAGAAGCAAGAGAAAGUAUCAAAAACACCUGAAACUCUCUCUAAAAAAGUGAGUCUGGAUAUUGAUAACAAAGAGAAGAAAAGGUCAGAUGAAAGUCAACGCCCCAGAACGUCCUGCUACCAGCCAGCUAAAAUCCCGAGUCCCGAGUUAAAGCCUGGACAGCUUGAGAAGGCCGAGAUACUUCACGUUUCACAAUGUGGAAGCUUCUCUGUGAGACUAAGUAAAAAUGCACAAGUGUCCUCCAGCUUGCUUUCCUUGAUCGUUAAAGCAGCCAAGGAAAACCCUUUCCUGCCUGUGGAAAAUAUAGAAGAAGGUUUGGAGUGCUUGACAAAAUCCAGAGUCACAGCAUCAUGGUGCCGCGCCAAGGUGGAGAAGCGUUUGGGAGAGGAGAAGAUGCUCGUUUAUUUGCUGGACUGUGGCCGCUAUGAAGUGGUGCCCUUGCUGGGGACGAAGGAGCUUGACCAUGAGAUCAGAAGCAUUCCCCAACAAGCCGUGCCUUGCAAAUGGAUUUGGAUCAAAAAUGCCAGAAAGAUGACGUUUGUGUCUACAGCACACUUGUUUGCACACUUGGAAACAAAGAUCCUGUUCCUCCGCUAUCUCCAUGUUGCUUGGGAAGUAGAGAUCUUGGUGGAUGGUCUGUUGUUAUUGGAAUACCUAAACUUUAGAGUUAGUCAGAGCGAGGAAACCAAGCAGAAUCAUUCCGAGAUUCUGAACCCCAUUAGGUGGGCCCCUCUUCAGAGUGGCCAACAGUAUGGAGGCUUUGCCACGGCCAUUUCUGAUCCCUCUGACUUCUGUGUGCAGCCGGAGGACUUCUUUGACACAAUGACGUCACUAUGCAGGCUGCUUUUGGCUCUGCCCGAUCACCUACCCACCCUGCCCCCACAACUGGUCGUUCCAGGGUCCAGCUGUUUGUUCCGAUACGGGUGGGAAGGCCAGUGGAACAGGGUAGAAAUUUCUGAAGUCUCCACUCAGUCUGUGCUGCUUCUGUUUAUAGACUAUGGGUUUUCUGUCUGUGUUCCCCAUUCAGAGUGUGCUAACCUCAAGGUCCUUCCCAAGGAGCUUUCGAGUUUGCCGCGGCUGACUUACCGCUGUGCUUUAUACGGUGUACUACCUGCUAAUGGGCACCACUGGGAGGAUGGUGCGAAAGCUUUUUUUCAAGAAUUACUGAGCAAGCCGGGUUUGUUCUUUCAGUUUCAGGAAUCCAGCCCUGGGACGAGACUGGAAGUCAAGGUCACACAUGGGAAAAGCAGCAUAGCAGACCUGCUCGUGGUAGCUGGGCAUGCCGUCUUCUCUAAAGAGGCAGCUCGUUUUGUAGCAGUGAAUAGCAUCCAGUCUACUAAAAUCGAGUAUAAAUUGCAGGGAAGGCACUUUUAUCCACUAUUAGAUAAGGUUUUCCCGAAUGAAAGUGUACUUUUGACUUGCACAGGGAAAGAGGGACCACAGCACUGGAAAUUUAUUCCAUGGAAAGAUGUCUACAAAAAUAUUUUUGGGGAGGCCACCCCUAGUACUUGUUUUUGUUCCAGAAACUUAACCCUGAGGAAGAAAGUUGGAAAUGGAAAACACAGAUCUGAAAGUAUAAAGUUUGAGACAUGUGAGAGAAAUGCAUUUUGGGAACAACAUAAUCACAUGACGAAUGAACCUAGUUGCAUCAAAAAUAUUCCUGAAAACCUGCCACCAGGAGGAGUAUGGGAAACAUACAACCUUUGUACCAGAAUAAAAGCAUUGGACAUCGAUGAAGAAGUGGUACGAGAAGAAAAUUCAAACAAGGAGGGAGGUGAGAACUGGGGUCAUUUAUGUGUCAGUUUGCCAACCGCUGUUCAGAAGGAACCCAGUUCUGGAAGCCUUGAGGCACAUGGCGGAUCCACAGUGUGCGGCGAUGCUAUUGAAGAUUCCAACGAUUUUCUUCAGUUAGGUGAUGGACAGCUGAAGAGGAACCUCAUUUCAUAAGGAUGGUU